CCUCUUUAAACAGGUCUUUUCCCCUCCCUCUCCCCUGUGCAUUCUCCUUUCCAGUGAAUAAUGACGCCUCUCCCUGCUCUCCAGGCUGAUCCCAUGUGAGAAGCUCAGGCUGCUGCUGCUGCUGCUACUCGGGGACUGCUGCUGCUGCACUUGCUGGCUGCGCCAGGGAGCUGGGGGCAUGGGCUGUUUACGUGAAGGAAGCCGAAACCCAGAAGGAUAGAAGCCAGUUGAGACUCCCUGGUUUGUAUCAUACAGGAAAGCACAGCAUCUGCAGCCCAGGCCCCCUGUUCCAUCCCAGGAACCAGACCACACUAACCUCCUGCUACCAGGCUCUCCCAUGUCAGCGCUGUGAGUCCACCCCCAGGCAUGGACCUUUAAAUAGGCAAGUCCCCUGUGCAUCAGUCAGUGAGAGCAUUCCAGGCACAGGCUGAGCCACGCACAAGCUGAGCUGAGCUGAUGGACGAACCAAAGGCUGCAAAACAGAAGAAGACAUGGCACAAAAAAGUCAUAUUCUUCCUAGGAGCUCUGUUUACGUUGGGUGUUAUCGCUUUAGUCACAAUCGCAGUAGUUCAGAAUAAACCUCUUCCAAAGAAUAUUAAGUAUGGCAUUGUGCUGGACGCUGGUUCGUCCCAUACCAGUGUUUAUAUAUAUGAGUGGCCAGCAGAAAAGGAAAAUGACACCGGAGUUGUACAGCAGAUAGACGAUUGCAAAGUUGAAGGCAACGGCAUUUCCAGUUAUGGGCACGAGCCACUGAAGGCCGGUCUUUCUCUACAGAAGUGCAUGAAUAAAGCCCGUCAAGUCAUUCCUGAGAUGCAGCAAAGGGAAACACCAGUUUAUUUAGGGGCCACAGCAGGAAUGCGUUUGCUCAGGCUAAAUAAUGUAACGAUGGCCGAGGAAGUCCUGUCUUCAGUGGAAAAUACGCUGCGUUCUUUUCCAUUUGAUUUCCAGGGUGCCAGAAUAAUUACAGGACAAGAAGAAGGCGCUUACGGAUGGAUCACAAUAAAUUAUCUGCUUGGAAACUUUAUCCAGGAUUCAGGUUGGUUCAAAUAUAUGCCAAAUUUUAAACCCACUGGAACAUCUGGUGCGCUGGAUCUUGGAGGUGCUUCAACACAGAUCACCUUUGAGUCCAAAAGAGAGAUUGAAUCCCAAGAAAAUUCCUUGCACUUCCGCCUUUAUGGUAAAUCCUAUGAUGUCUAUACACACAGCUUUCUCUGCUAUGGAAAGGACCAAGCUCUGCGCCUUCAGAUAGCUAAAAGUGUACAGGCUACAUCAGAUUCUAUCCUUAUGGAUCCUUGCUUUAACUCAGGAUAUAGAAGGAACACAAGCACCAGUGACCUCUACAGUAGUCCCUGCAUAUCUAAAAUGAGGAUAUCAAGAGCACCCAGCUUCUUAGAUAUUAGAGGGACUGGCAAUUACCAGCUAUGCAAGCGCAAUGUCGAGGCAAUCUUCAACAGAACACAUUGUACUUACUCACAAUGUUCUUUCAAUGGAGUUUUCCAACCAAAUGUGGAUGGCACAUUUGGGGCAUUCUCGGCAUAUUAUUUUGUUAUGAAUUUUUUAAAACUCACCAAUGGGGAAAUAUCUCUUGACAAAGUAAAAGAGACAGUGGAAAGACACUGCUCCAGAUCGUGGGACGAGGUAAAGAAAGAGUUUCCAAAAAUAAAAGAAAAGUACCUUAGUGAAUACUGUUUUUCUGGAACAUAUAUAUUAACUCUUCUCGAAUAUGGAUAUGGCUUUCACUCUGAGAAUUGGAAUGAUAUCAGAUUUUUAGGCAAGAUUAAAGACAGUGAUGCAGGAUGGACACUUGGCUAUAUGCUGAACCUGACCAACAUGAUCCCAGCAGAGCUGCCUUAUUCCCCUCCUCUGUCCCACGCUAGCUACAUUGGACUUAUUGUCUUCUUCUCCAUCUUGUUAGUCUGCAUCAUUUUGACUUGCUGGCUGACUUUAAGGAAACCAAAAUGUCUACACAAGGGCAUCAUCUAGCAAGAGUAAAAAGAAGACAAUUGGAGAUGAAAGGGAAAAUAUUCUGUAUGCCACUGGCUGCGGAGAUGCCUCUUGUGGGCAGCACAGUCCGUGUCUACAAUGAAGGAUUUGAGAAGAAGCUUGUAAAAGAGCAUUAAGCUUGAACACAAUAUAAUACGUUUGAACUCUUUGGAAACAGUUCUUGCUGUACAUGGAUUUAAGUUGUAGUUCUCGAACGGGUAGUUUUAUCCACUUCAUAUUUAUGAAGCGUGUUUGCAUUAUGUUUUGAAGGAGGACACAUUGAAAGCUUGUCUGUGGGUGAAUGAAUAAAACCAAUGAAAGUACCAAUGGGACUUUAAAAACUGAUCUCAGGUUACAAGACACGAUUCCCGCUACUAGUACAUUUUUAUACGUUUUCUUGCUUUAUGAUAGGAAUCUGUUCUUAGUUCUUGUUGAGAGUCCCCUUUAUGGGUAGAAGCCACUCUUCCAUAGCCAUAAAACGGUCAAUAUUUUAAAACUUGGAUGUACUUUGCAAUGCAAUAUUAUUCUUAGUAGGGUUAUUGUUGCAUUCAGUGUGUUGGCAUAAGGGGCUUUUAAGUAAGAGAUGGUAUUCCCAUACAACUGUCCUACACAUGUACAUAUUGUUACUGAAUUGUAAAUCUGCAUCUGCCCCAGCUUUAGCCCUUUAUUUAGCUAUCUCUAUAUUAUUAUGCUUCAACAUGCCAGUCUCCAUUUUCCAGAAAUAAUAUACAGUGAAGAUCUAUGGACUUUUCCUCAGGGAGGAACCCCUACCUAGACAAAUCUACUUGUUAAAUAAAUUAUAGGGACACUGCCAUGGCCUCGUUAAACUGUGAAUCUUCUUCCAAAGAAGCAGACUUUGCAAUUUGCUAAUGCUGCAUAAUGUAGCCUCUGGGUGUCCCCACAAAAUCUAUUGUUGUGACUAUUAACAUGCACUUUGGCUUUUAGACACAUUGUCACCCCUUUUACUUUGCUUCCGUGCUUCUUUUCAUGUGUUUGGUAAGUAGAUGAACACUGAAGUCCAUUGAAGUUUGCACGCCCCAAUCUUUGAAACUAGAGCCUGCAAGUUUGACAGACAAACACAAGUGAAGUCCAUGAAUCUUUGGUAAUAUUGUGAAUCUCCUCCUGGCAAAUUGCUAAGGCUGCUAAGGGAACAGGUUUGCAUUGGCACGAGGGUGUCCUUUAAGAGGCAAAGUUAUCCAUUAAUCUUGAUAGUAGCUCUUGAGCACUAUUUUUGCAUUCUUCUGCCAUAACCUAUUGUUAUUGUUGAUGUAUUCCGAAUCAAUUAUGUUUAUAUAAAGUAAAAAAAACUUCAGUUA